AUGGUAAGCCACAUCUCGCAGAUGCUCAUUUUGGUCGCGCAUUAUCUGCGCAUCUCUUCAUAUCAAGAAAUCCAUCCUAACCAGUUUGCAGCUUCCUCUCGGCCUUCUCACAGCCGCCCAAGGCCACCCUAUGCUGGUGGAGCUCAAGAACGGCGAGACUCUCAACGGACAUUUGGUUACAUGCGAUACAUGGAUGAAUCUCACGCUCAAGGAGGUGGUGCAAACGAGUCCGGUGAUUAUUCCACCCUCAUCUAUCCGACAGCGCGUCUCGCGGAUUGACACCUUCAGUUCCAUCAAGCUUGGCUAAUAUGGGUUUCUAGGAUGGAGACAAGUUUUUCAGGUUACCGGAGGUUUAUGUGAAGGGAAAUAAUGCAUGUUGAAUUGUCCAGAGAGGUUUGCGAAAUGCUAAUGGUUGACAUAGAUCAAAUAUUUGCGAGUACCCGAUGAGAUCAUUGAUCUGGUCAAGGAGCAACAGCAAGGUCAGCAAAAUAGCAACUACAGAGGCCGUGGUGGACAAAGAGGCGAUCAUCGGGGUAGAGGUGGUGACAGAGGACGAGGCGGUAGGGGCGGAGGAAGAGGGAGGGGGCGGGGCUCAUGA